CAUCAGACGUAUUGUAAAUGGUUGGUGUCGGGCACUCCUAAUUGUAGUGUACAUCGGAUCUUUGGCAACGGCAGGCCGAUUAAUUCUCAAUUUCGCUCCCACGGAUGCGCUUUGCUGCGCACGGUUCUCAGGGAUUGUUUCUGUUGCCAUAACGGUGGAUUGUUUUCGCCGGGACUUUGAGGGAGAUGGUUCACGCUUGGCGUGAUCCCUGCGAUGCAAUAUUUCGUUGUCUGCUAGUUUGGAUGUUUUGGGCAAUAAUGUGUUGUUGAAUAGUUAGGUUUUGGGGAAGUCGGGGACGUUAGAUCAUGACCAAGGAUUCUGAGUUUAGUUUCCAGGAGCAGUGUGGGACGUUGUAUUAACGUAGGUUUCCGCUACGUUAGAUUAUGUUGCGACUUAUUCUUGCGAUUGGGUAUUGUGGAGGGUGUGUAAAGUGAAGGUGUCUGUGUUCUGGGAGGUCUAGAAGAUUCAUUCAAGUCGAACAAUCACAUUGGGAUAGAUUUAUAUUUUCGUUGUACUCAGGACGGGAAUCACGAGGAUAACCUGGAAAAGGAGUGUACCACAAGAUAGGAGCUAAUGAUGGGAAGAAGUCGAGGGGGGGGAUUGUGGUGGGAUGUUUAGGUUAUCUUUGGCGAGAAGGUCCAAUAUGUAUAAUACAGUGGGCAGGCUCAUCUCGCAGGGAGUGUACACCGUUGCGGGCCCAUUCCACCCCUUCGGAGGCGCUGUUGAUAUUAUAGUUGUACAGCAGCAGGAUGGCUCGUAUAAGAGUUCUCCCUGGUACGUCAAGUUUGGGAAAUUUCAGGGCGUUCUGAAGCGGAGCGAGAAAGUUGUGAAUAUCGCCGUAAACGAUGUAAAUGUCAAAUUUCAUAUGUAUUUGGACUCCACAGGGGAAGCUUAUUUUUUGAAAGAUGCGGAGCCAGAGAAGGAGCCCUCGCCGUCGCAACUCGCAAUUACUGCCGGUGAUGAAGUGCUGGCAAUUGAAGACGCCCCCAGCAAGUUGGAGGAUGGGUCGGAAAGUAAAGAAGAAUUUGCGGAUGCGAAGGAAGAAGCGGAAGAAGCCGAGAGCAGCGACGAGAAGGACAGCAAUCUGGAGCUGAGGUUUGAAGGGAGAAAAGCAUCUUAUCUACUUGUGCAGCAGGUUGGAAUGAGGACAUUAUCUUUAGCAUGUUCUCGAGCUGCGGAAGAAGCCAAACAAUUCACGGAACCUUCGGAGAGCAGUUCAUUCAAGGAGGACACAGACAUUACUAGGAAAAAUGAGCUUUUGGAGAAAAGUACAUCGGAGGGAGACGCGCAUAUUACAGGGAAAGAUGAGAUUCCCGAGAGUAGUACACUAACGCACGAUUUAGACGUCGCAGGGGCCAUCGAAUAUCUGGAGAUUAGUACAUUGAAGAAGGAUACAGAAGCUUUAGGGGAUGCUGAGUUUUCUGAGAGUAUUUCACUGAAGGAAGAUAGUGUAGACUUUAUAGUUGAUACUGAAACGCUGGACAGUAACGCAUUUAAGGAGGAAUCCAGAACAAUAGGGGAGCCUUCGGAUGUUUUACUCUCCUCAUUAGCAACUUUGAAGUUGAGAAGCAAUUUUGAAACUUCUAUUGAAGAAUUAGAAAAUGCAACAGGUGGAUCUGUUGUUAAUGCAUUUCUGAAGCAGGCCGUGGGGCUUGAGGUUUCGCAGCAAGCAGGGCGUCCUUCUACUUCACUUGUUGCGCAGGCUGCUCUUGCUUCAGUCGCUAAGGCUGCCUGGGAGUCAGGUGGUGAAGGUUUAUCCAAUAGCCUUGGAACUGGAGCCAGGGAUUCGUUCGAGGUUUUUAAUAAUAGGGGGGAGGUUGUUGCUGAAGGCUUUCGCAUGAGAAAAUCGAAGUCUUUGAAUAUGGGUUCAAGAUCGAGUGCCGAUGAACCGGUACGUGUCAGACGAGUAAAAAGCGAAUCAGAUUUGAGGCUUCUCAAUACUGAUGGCAGAAGAAUGAAAGGUGAAUCUGGACUGGGUCCUAAUAACAUUGAGGACAACUCCCCCGAGCUUUCAACUCUUACGAUCGCUAGUGCAGAUGGAGUUGUUGUUCUUCACACUCCUAGACGCGGCAGUCCACCACCAUUGCCUUCACAAGAUGAUCAAAUUCAACAACAGCCUAUUAUGUACGAAGCAGAUGGAUUUGAGAAACCCUUGGUCUUGGGCAUGCUGUCCUUCGAUAAUGUUGUCUCAGAUGAGGCACAAGGCGAUAAUCAAGUAGAAAAAACUGAUCCUUCUCCGGUUAAAAAGGAGGUAAAUGCAUUGAUUUCUACAGCAGGUAGUGGAUGGAAACUCUGGCCGUUUCCAUUGCGACGUCCUAGAACACCUGAAACGAACGGAUCCAGGCCAAUAAUUUCUUCGCAAGCAUUGCUGGUAGCUCAGAAUGCUGCAGUGAACACUGCGAUUGUGAAUAACCUGAUCCCAGAUAAAGACUACUAUCGCUCAAGGAAGAAUAAAGUGCGCUCUUUUCUGCCAACUUCACAAAUGCUUGCUGAAAUGAAUCUCAAGGAAGGGAGUAACCGCAUCACGUUCACUUUCUUGACAAGAGUGCUCGGCUCACAGCAGGUUGAUGCUCGUAUUUAUUUGUGGAAGUGGAAUACACGUGUUGUUAUUUCCGAUGUGGAUGGCACAAUCACGAAGUCAGAUGUUCUGGGACAGGUGAUGCCUUUAGUAGGAAGGGACUGGACGCAAUCAGGAGUAACCCGCCUUUUUUCUGCUAUUAAGGAAAAUGGCUACGAAGUGAUGUUUUUGAGCGCACGAGCAAUUUCUCAGGCUUACUUGACCCGUCAGUUUCUGUUAAACCUCAAACAGGACGGUGAAGCACUACCAGAUGGACCAGUUGUCAUUUCUCCUGAUGGACUCUUUCCCUCCCUCUAUCGCGAAGUUAUACGAAGGGCCCCUCACGAAUUUAAGAUUGCUUGUCUUCAGGAUAUACGGGAUCUCUUUCCUAAAGACUGUAAUCCCUUCUACGCUGGAUUUGGGAAUCGUGAGACUGAUGAAAUCAGUUAUCUUAAAGUCGGUAUUCCCAAAGGCAAAGUUUUUAUUAUCAAUCCCAAGGGAGAAGUGGCUGUAAACAAUAGAGUGGACGUAAAAUCAUAUACUUCUCUGCACAAACUAGUCGAUGACAUGUUCCCACCUCAGACUUACACAGAGCAGGAGGAUUUUAAUUCUUGGAAUUACUGGAAAAUGCCUCUUCCAGAUAUUGAAGAUGAAUUAAGUGUCAAAAGUGGUUCGAAGCCGAAAAAGACGAAGUGAUUAGAGGAAGUUGAUCAUGAGAGCAGCAAGCGCUCAAAUGGUCUGGAUCAACCUUGGGACCACUGUCAUGCAGUGACUUAGCCUUUGUGAUCUUUCAGAUUGUGUCAAGGUCCCUGAAAGAUUUUGUACAGCAGGUAUGGCCAAUUUCUGCAAAGCUUUGGCCAAAUGCUUGUGAUGAUUUCUUGAGUAGCUUUCAAGAUCAGAAAAUUUGUUCGGGAGUAAGGUGGAAGGAGACUAAGGAGCAUGAGCAGAAGAGGAUAUAAAGUUUCCUUUGAUUUUUAUAGAAAAUCUCACAAAACAAUUGAUUCACUUGUCCCAUACCUUUUAUACUGAUAAUUGUCGGUUUAGAUUGUUCAAUAUCAUAAUGAUCGUUGCCUAAUUUUUGGCAAGCUUCCUUUUACUACAAUUAAUAUGUAAGAUUUUAGACGUAAUUAUUUUCAUAUAUUAUUUGUUGAUUGCCCAU